AUGGAUUAUUCUCUGAACUCAUCGGUGGCGAAUUCUAACGAACCAAAUUGUCCAGUCAAUCCUAGUUCGUUCACCUCAGCGAUCGAUACUACGGUGGUAAUCCCCAUAACAGCAAAGGGUUGUGGUUUCCGUUUAUCUCAAGAACCGAUUGAAGAUAAUAUGCUCAGUGUCACCGCAGUGGAUCCAGAAACUUUGUCUACCCUGUCCAACUGUGUCGCUGUCGGUGACCUCUUAGUAGCUGUGGAUGGACAGUCUGUGGCCGGUCUAGAUCAGGAUGGAGUGGUGCAACUCAUGCAGUUGCACUCGCUAUCGAAUUCCACCGACGGCACAGUUCGACUCACAUUUAGAGGAACUCGGAAGUCGCAAUCCACGAAACCGGACAACAUCAGUCAGACCACCGUGUUGAGUGAAUCAAAUGGUAAACAGCCGGGAAAAUUUCGAUUUCGCAGUUUCAUUCCAUCUAAACCGGGCACAACGUCCAGCCCGAUCACAUCCGAGGUCAAACCAAGUCCAAAUAUGACCGGGGAUGAUCUUACUUGGACCACGCCAACGUUACAGCCAGUUACGAACUGCACGGACAACGAAGACAUGUUGGACGCCUACAAUGUAGAACUACGCAGGCAGGAGAACGAAGGUUUCGGAUUCGUCAUUGUCAGCUCACUAAACAGUAACAAGGCCAGUGAGAUCGGUCGCAUUAUUCCCGGCAGUCCAGCUGACAAAUGUGGCCAGCUGAGGGUUGGCAAUCGGAUUGUGGCGAUCAACGGACAAAUGUUGUCAGGUUUGCAUCACACCGAGAUUGUACAGUUGAUUCGGAAAAGCCAACAACAUCUCGUACUGACCGUACAACGUCCACGAAAAAACAGUGACUUAAUGGUGGAGUGGAAACCCGUCACAGUGGAUCACGACCAAAAUGAGGCCACAAAUUGUCACAAUGAUUCCACUCAAGAAGCUUUGCAGCAACCGGUUCCGACAGAAAGUUUUGAACCCUCACAUUCCGAUCAGUCUGAGACCAUUCCAGUUCAAUUGGUCUAUGCGGUGACACUACGACGAGGUCCACAGGGAUUCGGUUUUUCCAUUCGCGGAGGAGUGGACUUCGAACGAAUCCCGCUGUUUGUCUUCCGGAUAGCAAAAGGAGGACCGGCUCAGCUAGAUGGACGUAUGCAAAUCGGUGAUGAAAUUGUGAAAAUUAAUGGUCUCCCAACCUACUCAUUCACUCACAAACAAGCGGUGGAUGCUAUUCGACAAAGCGGGGAUCAUUUAUCUCUCCUCCUAUCGCGUUUGAGCAGUCGACUGUGUGAGACCGGUGUUUGA